AUGAUUGCUUCUUUCGGAGCAGUGUUGGAGUACCGAGUCGCGUACACGGGGUCACGGGCAACCGUGACCUUAGUGUACGGCGACCCGGUUAAGAAGACUAGAAGAGGAGGGAAGAGGAGACGCGCACCGGGAGCGGUUCAGGAGGAUCCAAAACUGGCGGCUCAACCGCCAGUGGCGGGUCCUUCUGCAUCGCCGCCCCCACCGUCACCGCCGAAGAGGACGCCAGUGCCAUCAACACCAGCGUCCCCGGAUGAGCCCUAUUCCAAUCUUGACACAGCAAUGUGUCAAGGGACGAUGGCGGUUCCACCGACCUCCACUCCAAGAAUGCCGAUUCCGGUGACGCGAUCAACUAUACCGAUUGCGCCCAUUCGAGUCGGCACAGGGACACGUUGUUGUUGCGGUGGCGAAACGGAAGGCGACAUCACCGACCACCCAACCAGCCAAGACUAA